CAUCAGCCUAAACAUGGUUUCUUCACUGGCAGCCACACAAACUUAUACUAAAAUAGAAAAAUAUAUAUAUUUGAUGAUUAUAGUGACAAUAAUUAAUGUGAAACUAGUAGUUUUAAUGAAGAAUUGUCACGUAGAAUUCUUUUAGAACAGUAGCUUAUUAAUAAAAUACAAUUAGAGUUAUUUCCCCUGUCGGUUUAUUGUUCCCAAAUUUUCUCGUCUUAAUCUUCUUAGCUGGUUAUUUUUCUCUAACAGUUCUUGGUUAUAUCUGCCAUUCAGUUGGAUCGAUUGCUAAUUAACUGUGUAGAGGAACAGUACAGAUUCUUUGUUGCUUUGAAAAUGGAAAUCAAUGUUUGCUGCAAAAGCUUGGAAGCUGUCGUUGUCACAUUACAACUUACGUUCUAAUAUUGUUACAUAGGUCUAUAUUAAUAUGUUAUCUGGUAACUUGAGGUGACAAUUUUUCACCCAAGACACAUCAACAAAUCUUUGAAGAAUAUGAAAGUUUUAAGAAUGGUUUUAUAGAAAAUAAAACAGUGUUAUCUAACUUUACAGCAAUUUUCUGAGGUCCAUUGAAAUAAAUUCCAUGGCUGAUUUUAUACGAUGAUCGAACUCAAGAAAUUUAAUAGAAGAUUUGACAUGGCUAAUGAGUAAUGUCUUGUGAGGAAUGACUGUUCUCCAAUAUAUUUAAAAGAAGCUUAUUAAUAGCUGAGACACAUUUAAAAUAUUCUAAUUGUCAGAUUAAAUAGACUACCAUUAACAGUAUGUUUUUAUUUCAUGACCUUGUGCUCAGUAGUUUAGCAUACCCCUUAUGAACAACCAAUUUGACUUCACAAAUAACAAUAAAGGAAGGAAUUAUAGUUGUUCUUUUUUUUAACAAACAACAUGGAGGAGAAACUGUGUGAAAAUCAAGUUUAUAAUGACACACAUUGUGAGACUAAUGACUUUUCUCACAAAACUAAGGAAGAUUUAAAGAAGAAAUCUGAACACUGUGACAUCAAGAAAAAAACAUUUAUAAGGCAUAAAUAUAUUAGUAAACACAAGUCACUUUGCACAAGUCCAAAUGUUUACCAUUGUAAAGUUUGUGGCAAAGGGUUCACUACAAAGGGUUCAUUGUUAUCACACAAAUGUACUCACACAGUUAAAAGACUAUACCAAUGUGAUAUAUGUUGUAAAACAUUUUCUAACAGUAGAAUUUUGAUGAGACACAAACGUACACAUACAGGUGAGAAACCAUACCACUGUGAUAUCUGUGGUAAAACAUUCUCUCGGAAUGAUUAUUUAACUAGUCAUAAGCGUACUCACACAGGGGAGAAACCAUACUACUGUAAUGUCUGUGGUAAAAAUUUUUCUUGGAAUGAGCAUUUGACUAGUCACAAACGUAUUCACACAGGUGAGAAACCAUACCAUUGUGAUAUCUGUGGUAAAUCAUUCACAUACAAUGGAAAUGUGAUUAGUCACAAACGUAUUCACACAGGUGAGAAACCAUACCAUUGUGAUAUCUGUGGUAAAACAUUCUCUCGUAAUGGUAUUUUAACUGUUCACAAACGUACUCAUACUGGUGAGGAACCAUACCACUGUGAUAUUUGUGGUAAAACAUUCUCUCGUAAUUAUGAAGUGAAUGUUCAUAAGCGUAAGCAUACAGGUGAAAAACCAUACCAUUGUGAUAUCUGUGGUAACAAAUUUUAUAUGCAUGUACAUUUAGUUAACCAUAAACGUACUCACACAGGUGAGAAACCCUUUCACUGUGAUAUCUGUGGUAAAACAUUCUCUCGUAAUGGUGAAUUGACUAUUCACAAACGUAGUCACACAGGUGAGAAACCAUACCACUGUGAUAUUUGUGGGAAAACAUUUCCUCGUAGUAAUACCUUGUCUGUUCACAAACGUACUCACACAGGUGAAAAACCCUACCAUUGUGAUAUCUGUGGUAAAACUUUCACAUGUAGUAGUGCUUUGACAGUUCACAAACGUAUACAUACAGGUGAGAAACCAUACCAUUGUGAUAUCUGUGGUGCAACAUUCUCACGUAACGGUGAAUUGACUAUUCAUAAACGUUGUCACACAGGGGAAAAACCAUACCACUGUGAUAUUUGUGGUAAAGCAUACUCCCAAAAGCCUAGUUUAACUUCUCAUAUGCUUAAUCACACAGGUGAGAAACUCUAUCCUUGUGAUAUCUGUGGUAAGACAUUUUUUUCUACUUCUAAACUAACUCUUCACAAACGUAUUCAUACAGGUGAGAAACCAUAUAAUUGUGAUAUCUGUGGUAAAAAGUUUUCCCGUAAUUUUCAUUUGACUAGGCACAUACGUAUUCACACAGGUGAGAAACCAUACCAUUGUGAUAUCUGUGGCAAAAAAUUCUCCUCUGUUGGAAAUAUGACUAGUCAUAAACGUAUUCACUCGGGAGAGAAACCAUAUCAUUGUGAUAUCUGUGGUAAAGCAUUCUCUCGUAAUGGAAAUGUGACUACUCACAUGCGUGUUCACACAAGAGACUAUAAUACUGUGAUAUCUGGUAAUAAAUUUUCUCGUAAUAGUGAAUUGACUUCACAAAUAUCCCCAUGCAAGAAAGAAACCAUACCACUGUAACUUCUGUGGAUAGAUGUGUCUCUGUUUCAGAAUGCUCAUACAACUUGUUCUAUGCAUGUUCAAAAAUAAUAAACCAAAUAAGUUUGAGAUUUGUGGCAAAAUAUAAUCUCAAAAUACUGAUGUAAUUUGUCAGCAAUACAUUUAAACAACAAUUUUA